AGCAAGAAUACUGGCCUAGCCUGUACUAGCUCGCUCCUGUGGACGAUGUCUCACGAUGUUGCCAAGAAGCAGUUCUCGGUUAAUAUGCUACCACCCUCGUCACUUGAUGAUGGUCCUCCAACUCUCGAUGUUUCUACGUGUUUUUCUCACCGCAGGAGUGCUCUUCUCCGGAAAACAUUUUGCUGCUGCCGUACGCUUUGGGGCGGGACCGGGAGCGGGUCGUCUUUCCCCCAGUAGAGCGUUGUUGGAACAACAACGUGCGGGAGACGACGAAGAUAAUCAACAACCGGUUUUAUUUGACGAUGAAACGGUGCUGACCAAGGCGGUCCCUGUAGACCCGGCCGAUAAUGAAGAAAGCACAGCUGCUGGAAGUUUGUGUACCCCCAGGGAGGUCAUCUCGUCUCUUUGCACCACCAAUAGACGACCUGUACACGACUCUGAUGGGUAUCUGCGUCCAACAUCGUCAGCGGCCUCUUCAUCAUCCUGCACGAAGAAAGACGCUUUACUUGUUCCAGACGAAGAUACUUCUUCAUCAACCUGCUGCACAACUCCUAAAAAGAACAAAAGUCUUCUUCUACUUGCGCACAAAGAAAGAGAAAGUAGAGAAAGUGAUCUGCGACAGAGGAUAAACUUUGCAAAGACCGACCUUGACCGGAAAAAGUCCGCCGUGUUUCACCGGAAACUGGGACUUUUCCGUCGAAAAACACUCCACGUGUUGAAAUUCUACGCUCCCGCCGUUUUGGCUUUUCUUGCCGGGGUUUAUUAUGAUUGCGGUUACAACUUCUACACGGGACGAAAUUUUUGGGAAGCGGGUCAGGCUUCGGCUGUUUCUACCACGACGUCGGGUGCGGGAGCUGCUACGGGAAAUAAAGCGGGACAAGAAGCUGCAUUUCAUGAAUUGGAUGCUGCGCUCCUCGUCGCAGCUGCGGAGCUCUAUUGCAGGCACAGCCUCGUCGUCAGAUCCAUCAACGACCACUGGGGCGUGGGCGCCUCAGGACGAAGUCGACGCGGGGAAUCCUAGUAGGGCUAGUAGUACUGGUACAACUACCCGUGCUGGUGGUACAACUUCUAGACGAGAUGCACCAAGCGGCUCUGGAAGAAGUACUAGCGCCGGAGCUGCUACAUUGGGGUCGUCCGCCUCCUCGACAGCAGAAGAUCUGAUUUUUCUCCCGUCUUUCGUCGAGCAGGGUGAAAUUCGAGUGUUCCGAUCCUUGUUCGCUGACUUUCUGGAAAACAAAACCUCCUCUAGUCUCUCUGCCGCCUUGCACGAGCAAAUGCUGGCGGAACAAGCGAGAGUCCGAAAUGAAGACCCGGUCCAGCGUAUGAAGAGAGUGCGCAACUCCCCCUCCCCCUCAUUUGUAAUGAAAAAGGCAAAACUUCCCAAGUGCUUCCCUGUGGCACUGUAUGCAUGAGAGAUUCCGGAAGUCCAAACAGUAGUACACUAGGCGCAUGAACUUGAUGUCAUGCACAGGCUCUACGUGUGCUGGUGUUUGUAUUGCUGUUCAUGCAGUACAAAUGAGGGGGAGGGGGAGUUGUGCACUGUCAUACAGAGGUUCGCUCAGCAAUACGUGUGCGCGACCUGUAUGGACUCCCCACUGCAAUUGCCGCAGGAGGUUCAGCAAAUGUCGGGCGCUGCUGGAGACACGAGGAACUCCGGUGCUGCUUACGAGACGAAAAGGCUAGCGGUGUUGCCUUGUGGGCACACCUUCUGUGAGGGUUGCAUCACACAGUGGACGCACAAUCGCCCCGAUUGCCCCUCCUGUCGCCGUAGCGUUCCCCGUAUGAGAUCAAUGCACAGCCCCCAUUUGAUGUUGUUCCCCGCUUUAUGUAAAUAUAUUAGUUUGGAUUUGGUUUUGGAAGAAAAGCAACCGCAAGAAUUUUUGCAGCUCCUGCAUGCCAAAUUAAGUAUAUGCGCGCGGCCUGUAGUAAGGAAGAGGAUAGACAUAGAUACAAGUGUUUGGUUUUUCCUGUUGAUGAGAGGCUGCACUAGUAUCUGCAGUUGCGUUUUUGCAUGACGACAAAGGUGGGACCCCCGGACAUGGGGAGUUGUGCGCUCGGAUACCCCGUGCCCUUCAUACCCGGCGCCACGGUGCCAGCACGUUUCACUUUCGUCCGCGCGACCUCUACAAUGAGAGCUGUGUUCCACGUUACGAGGCACCAAGAGGUCAAGGGCAACAAGCAGGCCUUGGUCGUGUUGUACCCUUGACGUUCAAUAUCUACACGCGCGACACGGAAGUUAUGGUUUUCUCAACUGUUGCAUUCUCAACUGGUCGCGUUACAUGGAUUUGUCGUGCAAAACUGUUUUACCUUAGGCCGCCAGACGAUCAAGCUGCUUCGCAUGACAAACCAUCUCCGAAGGGCUAUACAGCAUGGACAUCUGUAACAAAUCCCUGAUGCGAAAGCAGCAAGCUUGCCUCUACUUUGAUUCUUGUGGUUCUUUCAUUACAAAUUCAUGCAACAGUGUCCGGAAUAAUGUAACGUUUGAGAACGGGAUAGAAUUAGGAGAUGAUCCUCGUCCCAGGGGGUACGUGGAAUUGGUGCAGCCAAACGCGGAUCCAAGUGGCGAGUACGCAUUGCAAAUAUGUCUAGGUCAGGAAAGCUGGAAGUUGUGAUGCUGGUUUUGGAUUCCAAAAAAUGCUGUCUUGCCUGAGCAGCUUUUUGUUACGCGAACAGGGCAUUUGUCAUCCUCAUCCGGCGGGAUAGGCAUCAAGAAGCACUCAGAGAGUCUGUGACGCUAGGGAAAAAUGCAUCACAGACGUCAUGGGUCAUGUAAAAUCUGCAUGACAAGUUGCACCCUUCCACCAGACCCAGAUCGAUAUUUGCAAUGCAUAGCGCCACAGGUGGAAGGAUUCCAUUUACACCGAAAGUUGAAAUUAUCGAAGAGGGAGCCGCUUCGUCAGCGGACCAGGCCAGUCGUGGACCUGCGGUUGUGCAGCACACUGGUAUCUUAAAAAAAAAAAUCUCCCCUCCCCAUAUCGAAAAGGCAUCCUUUUGAAAAUUUGUGAUGCUGAUUUGAGGUCACAAACCAGGUCUGUCGUGCAAGAAAGCAAAGCCAGGGCUUCCGCCGCUUUACGCGGGCGAUUUGUAAUGCUGUUGCGCCAACAGGGCAGACGGCUACCAUGCUCAGCGCCCACUUCUAGCCAGCCCUUUCCAGGUUUUGCAUCUGCCUGCAGUCAGGCCCGACCCCGGGAGCCACAGGCUGGCUGCCUAUUCAUUUGGGGGGGCGCCCCGCCCAGGGGCGCAGAAACAGGUCCGCGCGGCCUGAUUCGGGAGUGCGAAGCGAACUAACAGCCCCCAGGAACGAAAUUUUUGGGAAGCGGGUCAGGCUUCGGCUGUUUCUACCACGACGU